AUAAACGCAUCUAUCAAUUGUUUUUCAUCAAUUUGCCAAUGUUUGUAUAUGUGCAUGUGUUUGUGUACAACAAUAUAGUGCGAAAACUGUUUAAACAGUCGGAGCCUCGUACUGUGUGAAAUCAAACAAGUGCGCAUGCAACAACAGCAACUGCACCACCAGCAACUGCACCAAACGAAACAGCCACAAAAUGAUGAUGGAGAACGGUAUCUCCAUGGAGUACGGCGAUGGCUACAUGGAGCAGGAGGAAGAAUGGGAGCGCGAGGGAUUGCUCGAUCCGGCGUGGGAGAAGCAACAGAAGAAGACAUUUACCGCGUGGUGUAACAGUCAUUUGCGCAAAGCUGGCACCGCCAUCGACAACAUCGAGGAGGACUUCCGCAAUGGCCUCAAGCUGAUGCUGCUGCUGGAGGUGAUCUCCGGCGAGACACUGCCCAAGCCCGAUCGCGGCAAGAUGCGUUUCCACAAAAUUGCGAACGUGAACAAGGCGCUGGAUUUCAUCGCGUCGAAGGGUGUGCAUCUGGUGUCGAUUGGCGCCGAGGAGAUCGUCGAUGGCAAUCUGAAAAUGACGCUGGGCAUGAUCUGGACGAUCAUUUUGCGCUUCGCCAUUCAGGACAUCUCCGUCGAGGAGAUGACCGCCAAGGAGGGUCUGCUAUUGUGGUGCCAGCGCAAGACGGCGCCCUACAAGAAUGUCAACGUACAGAACUUCCAUCUGUCCUUCAAGGACGGUCUGGCCUUCUGCGCGCUCAUCCAUCGUCAUCGACCAGAUCUGAUUGACUAUGCCAAGCUAUCCAAAGACAAUCCGUUGGAGAAUCUGAACACUGCCUUCGAUGUUGCUGAGAAAUAUCUAGAUAUUCCAAGGAUGUUGGAUCCAGAUGAUUUAAUCAACACUCCGAAACCGGAUGAACGUGCCAUCAUGACGUACGUCUCCUGCUACUAUCACGCCUUCCAGGGAGCCCAACAGGUUGGAAAUGUGACGCAUGUACCCGAACCCACAAGACAAUACACCUACGUCCCGAAUAAUUACAAUGCGGAAACGGCGGCAAAUCGUAUUUGCAAGGUACUCAAGGUUAACCAGGAGAAUGAGCGCCUCAUGGAGGAGUACGAGCGUCUGGCCAGCGAUCUGCUGGAAUGGAUUCGCCGCACGAUGCCAUGGCUGAACUCACGCCAGGCGGACAACUCGCUGGCCGGAGUACAGAAGAAGCUCGAGGAAUACCGCACGUACCGUCGCAAGCACAAGCCGCCACGUGUUGAGCAGAAAGCAAAACUCGAAACUAACUUUAACACGCUGCAGACGAAGCUGCGUCUGUCGAACCGUCCAGCCUACUUGCCCACCGAGGGCAAGACCGUGUCUGACAUCUCAAAUGCCUGGAAGGGCCUGGAGCUCGCCGAGAAGGCGUUCGAGGAAUGGCUGCUGGCUGAGACCAUGCGCCUGGAGCGUCUCGAACAUUUGGCCCAGAAGUUCAAGCAUAAGGCCGAUGCUCACGAGGACUGGACGCGCGGCAAGGAGGAGAUGCUGCAGUCCCAGGACUUCCGUCAAUGCAAGCUCAACGAGCUGAAGGCCCUCAAGAAGAAGCACGAAGCCUUCGAGUCUGACCUGGCCGCCCAUCAGGAUCGCGUCGAACAAAUUGCCGCCAUUGCCCAGGAGCUGAACACUCUGGAGUACCACGAUUGUGUGUCGGUGAAUGCGCGCUGCCAGCGCAUCUGCGAUCAGUGGGAUCGCUUGGGCGCACUGACCCAGCGUCGUCGGACUGCGCUGGAUGAGGCGGAGCGCAUACUGGAGAAGAUCGACAUCUUGCAUUUGGAGUUUGCGAAGCGUGCGGCGCCGUUUAACAACUGGCUGGAUGGCACACGCGAGGAUCUUGUGGAUAUGUUCAUAGUGCAUACCAUGGAGGAGAUACAGGGCCUGAUCCAGGCGCACGAUCAGUUCAAGGCGACGCUCGGCGAAGCCGACAAGGAGUUCAAUCUGAUUGUGAAUCUGGUGCGCGAGGUCGAGUCGAUUGUUAAACAACACCAGAUACCCGGUGGCCUGGAGAAUCCCUACACCACACUGACCGCCAACGAUAUGACACGCAAAUGGACCGAUGUCCGCCAGCUGGUGCCGCAGCGCGACCAGACGCUGGCCAACGAGCUGCGCAAGCAGCAGAACAACGAGAUGCUGCGCCGCCAGUUCGCUGAAAAGGCCAAUGUGGUCGGUCCCUGGAUCGAGAGGCAGAUGGAUGCCGUGACAGCGAUAGGCAUGGGUCUGCAGGGCUCGCUGGAGGAUCAGCUGCAUCGCCUCAAGGAAUACGAGCAGGCGGUCUAUGCAUACAAGCCGAACAUUGAGGAGCUCGAGAAGAUCCAUCAGGCCGUACAGGAGUCGAUGAUCUUUGAGAAUCGCUACACGAACUAUACGAUGGAAACGCUGCGUGUCGGCUGGGAGCAGCUGCUCACAUCGAUAAAUCGCAACAUUAACGAGGUGGAGAACCAGAUACUGACACGCGACUCCAAGGGCAUUAGCCAGGAGCAGCUGAACGAGUUCCGUUCCAGCUUCAAUCAUUUUGACAAGAAUCGCACCGGCCGCCUCACGCCCGAGGAGUUCAAAUCGUGCCUCGUCUCGCUGGGCUAUUCGAUUGGCAAGGAUCGCCAGGGUGACAUGGACUUCCAGCGCAUACUGGCCGUUGUCGAUCCUAACAGCACCGGCUAUGUUCACUUUGAUGCUUUCCUCGACUUCAUGACCCGCGAGAGCACCGACACCGACACCGCCGAACAAGUCAUUGAUUCAUUCAGAAUCCUGGCCGCCGACAAGCCAUACAUAUUGCCCGAUGAGCUGCGCCGCGAAUUGCCACCAGACCAGGCCGAAUACUGCAUUCAGCGCAUGCCGCCAUAUAAGGGACCCAAUGGUGUGCCCGGCGCCCUGGACUACAUGUCCUUCAGCACAGCUCUCUAUGGCGAGACCGAUUUGUAAACCCCACGAUCAUCCACUCUACACACACACACCAACACACACACACACACACACACACUCAACUCCCACACACACUCAACUCUCACACACACACACACACUCGGCCCUAUGUGCAGCGGGCGACACUUAGCCCCAAACAAAAAGAAAAAAUAUCAUAUAAUAAUUGAUAAACUUUAAAUAAUAAUAAUUUUAAUAAACAUAGAUUUAUUAUUAUGCUACACUCGUAAAGCUUAAAAAAUUCAAGAGAAACGCAAUUAUAAUCUCUUUGCAAA